AUGCUCAUAGCACCCGAAGGAGAAGUAUUGGAGAUGGUUAUACUAUUAGGGUUCCCAGCAACAAAUAAUGAAGCAGAGUAUGAGGUCUUGUUUCAAGGAGUCCAUAAUGUUCUAAGGCUUAGGGCAAAGGAGUUGGUGAUUUAUUCAGACUCUCAAUUGGUAGUCAAUCAGCUCACUGGACUCUACAAUGCCAGGAUGGCAACCAUGGCAACUUACAUGGAAAAAACUAAGCAGUUGCUCCACCGACUUCACGACUAUCAAGUAAUACAAAUUCCAAAGGAGCAGAAUGAUCAUGCAGACGCUUUGGCUACCCUUGCGUCGGCCGACCAACUAGGGGUGAAGAGGGUUAUCCAAGUACAAGUGCUUGAACGACCAAGCAUAGAUGAGUUGCAAGAAAAGAUACGAUGCGUAGAAGAGCAGAAGCCAAGUUGGAUGGAUCCCAUCGUUGCUUACUUAAAGGAUGGCAUUCUUCUCGAAGAUAAGAAAGAAGCUAGAAAAUUGACAAUCAAAGCAGCGCGCUUCUGGUUAUCUCCUGAUCAAAAACUCUAUAAAAGGUCUUUCUCAGGUCCUUACUUACUAUGUGUUCACCCAGGAAGAGUGGAGGACCUGUUGUUUGAGAUUCAUGAAGGUUCUUGUGGAGCACAUGCAGCGGGAAAGGCACUUGCAUUUAGAGCAAUCACCCAAGGCUUCUGGUGGCCGUAUAUGCAGAAGGAUGCUUUGCAGUAUAUAAAAAAGUGUGAGAAGUGUCAGAAAUUUGCACUAAUCCCCCACCAAUCGGCUGGGGAUCUUUGUCCUCUUACGAGUCCAUGGCAUUUUGACCAAUGGGGGUUGGAUAUUGUUGGACCGCUUCCGCGAGCUACUGGCAAUCGAAGAUUCUUAAUUACCGCCACUGACUAUUUCACGAAAUGGAUCGAGGCAAAGCCUCUGGCAGCAAUCCGAGACAUAGACACAAGGAAGUUCGUUUGGGAAAAUAUCAUAACAAGGUUUGGAAUCCCUCAUGCCUUGAUCAGUGAUAACGGAACUCAGUUUUCAAGUGCCAAAUUUAAAGAAUUUUGUGGCGGAUAUGGGAUAAAGAAUAUCUAUUCCACCCCCGCCUACCCACAGUGCAAUGGUCAGGCAGAGGUGUCCAACAAGAUCAUCUUAGAUGGAAUUAAGAAAAGGUUGGAGUCUUUCAACGGAAGGUGGGUAGAAGAACUCCCGUCAGUAUUAUGGGCAUACCGAACCACUCUUCGCAAGUCUACGGGAGAAUCCCCAUUUGUGCUUGCUUAUGGAGCGGAGGUUGUCAUUCCCAUAGAAAUAGGGCUUCCAACUCUCCGAACGCAGAUGUUUAAGGAAGGCAACAAUGAUCUGACUAAGGAUCCAACUGAUGGAAAGUUGGGUCCGAACUGGGAAGGACCUUUCCAGGUCAUAGCACGGUCAAAAAAUCAAUCAAGUGGUUUUCACUACGAGGCGGUUGGAAAGGAGGUUAGAAGUUACUUGCGGUUGGAAAAGAGGCCAAAGGUUACUUGCGGUUGGAAAGGGGGCCUGAAGUUACUUCAAAACUGUCGUUCAACCGUCUCAGCAGUUACUCCACACGCCUCAACUGUUAUUCAUCACAGCUCAACCGUCUUAUCACUUCCACCUAUAAAUGGACAUGAGAAAGUAAACAAUCCACCGACGCAGGUGAUUGAAAUCGAAGAUGACGAGGACGACGAAGAAUUGAAGGUUCUCGAAGCAUUCCUAACUUGGAAUACGGAAGACCAAGUUGAGGAUAUUAAGGAGCAAUUACAGUAUCUAAAGAGGGAGUUCUAG